ACUAAGGCACUAGGCAGUUUUGUUCGGUCUUCGGUCAGGCCUGCAGACUUUGUGCAGGACUGGUUCUCAUAUACGAGUGGUGAGUGGGCACUCCGGACAGUAGUGCUUCCAAUUCUACGCGAUUGUGUUUUCAUAUUUUCCCCCUUUAUUUUUAUCGUCGCAAUAAGGCAAAGAAAGUUUUAAAGGGCCCACUUUCGGCACAAGACCAGGGCCAGUUUUUGUUGUAUUGCUGCAUUACGUGCGGAUGUACAUUGCAUUUAUAAAUAAAAAAAAAAUUAAAAAAAAACGGAGUAACAAUAACAGCAAAUAUAUACUUAAAGCCAAAAGUUAUUCCGUGCAGUUAUCGUCGCUGCAACUAAUAACACAAGCAGAAGACGAGAUUUGAGGCGUGUGUAUUAGGUAUACAUAUAUAUGGAUGGUGACUCCGAACUCCAAAAUUCGGAGCUCGUAUUCACUUAUUCAGUUCGGACGCGAUCUUCAUCUCUCACGUUCUCGACGUCCUCGCAGCGUGAGUGUGAACAAGUGAACAAUUACAGCAGCAACAACAAGAAAAAUAAUAAUAGUAGGCCCAAAUAAAUAGAUUCUUUAGACGCAAAAGUGCCUCUGACGCGUAGGCCUAACUUGCAGUGAUCGACGGUCACCGGGUACUUUUUGUACAUCGUAUACCUGCCUAUCAGGAGCAUCGGGGGUGGUCGCUGCCGCAGCACACCAAAGUACCCAACAGCCAGCCAGCAAUCAAGGCAAAAGGCUCUCUCGCGCGUCUUCGUCCCCCACCGUCACUGCCGCCCCGCCGCCGCAUCGAUAUAAAACUACAUUACAACUGGGGCGUCUGCACCGACGCUGACACCACAGCUGGCUCUGCUGCUUAUACUUUACUGGAGCCGUUCACUCAUUUUUUUUUUUUUUUUUUUCUUCCCAACGGCGUGUAACAUAGCGUGUUAACAAUAAAUAAAUAAAUAAAUAAAUAACAAAAGAGCUGGAGCAUCAGUGAACGACAAGACCCCGUGCCCGAGAGACAUGCCUUCCCCCUGCGUGCCCUUGCUAUAGUUGCCCUCGUUGGCUUGUCGCCCAUAUAUAAUAUCAUAUACACAGUGCAUCCAAACGCAUACAAGUGUAUAUACAUAUUAUAUAGAGUCGAGUUGCACAGAGGGAGAGGAAAGAUAAGCGAAAGAGAGAGAGAGAGGAAGCAGGAGCAGCGCGUAGAUUGAUCGGGGCGAAAGGGUGGCCGAGCUGUGCCCUCAAGAGCGGCAGCCGCAGCUAGUACUGCAGGGUGGGCCGGGUCCAGGAUGACCGGGAAGGAGAGGAAGGCCGCUACCGCGGCUCCCAACGCUAAUAAUACCACUACCACUGGGAACAACAACAACAACAACAACAAUAACAAUAACAACGCCGCCAACCUAACCUCGAGUGGGGGCGGCGGCGGCAACAACAACGAACAUCGGCCGCCGAACAACAACGAGCAGGGCGGCCUCGAGGUCAGCCAGCAGAACGGCGGUCCGAUGGAAAAGGCGCCGGUCGUUGCCGGAACCAAUGUCGAGACUCUGCCCCGUACUGGCAAACAGGGGGAUCCGAGCACGGCGUUCCUGCGAGCCGCAAGGGCAGGACACCUCGAAAAGGUCCUCGAGUACCUCGACUCCGGCGUUGACAUCAACACUUCCAAUUCGAAUGGACUGAAUGCUUUGCACUUGGCAGCGAAAGACGGACACUUGAAAAUAGUGAAAGAACUGUUGUCGCGCGGAGCGACUGUCGAUGCCGCGACGAAAAAGGGAAACACCGCUCUGCACAUUGCAUCUCUUGCUGGUCAAGAGGAGGUCGUGCAGCUGCUCGUUCAGCGGGGAGCCUCGGUUAACGCACAAUCCCAAAAUGGGUUCACCCCACUGUACAUGGCUGCCCAAGAGAACCACGACUCUGUCGUCAAAUUCCUUCUGGGCAAGGGAGCCAAUCAAACUCUCGCCACGGAGGAUGGUUUCACGCCGCUGGCCGUUGCCAUGCAGCAGGGACACGACAAGGUGGUCGCGAUUCUCCUGGAAAACGACACGAGAGGCAAGUUUCGACUGCCAGCCUUACACAUAGCCGCGAAAAAAGACGACUGCAAGGCUGCCGCUCUACUUUUACAGAACAAUCACAAUCCCGAUGUGACGUCGAAAAGUGGUUUCACGCCUCUUCACAUAGCGAGCCACUACGGCAAUGACCGCGUCGCUUCCUUGCUCUACGACAAAGGAGCGGACGUGAACUUUGCCGCCAAGCACAACAUCACUCCGAUGCACGUGGCUGCCAAGUGGGGCAAAAUUAAAAUGGUCAACCUUCUGAUAAGCAAGGGGGCGAACAUCGAGGCGAAAACCAGGGACGGGCUCACGCCUCUGCACUGCGCGGCUCGUUCCGGGCACCACGAAGUCGUCGACAUCCUCAUUGAGAAGGGAGCUCCGAUCGGCUUGAAGACCAAAAACGGCUUGGCGCCUCUACACAUGGCCAGUCAGGGUGACCACGUGGACGCAGCCCGAAUUUUGUUGUACCACCGAGCCCCGGUCGACGAAGUGACGGUGGACUACCUCACAGCCUUGCACGUAGCCGCCCACUGCGGCCACGUGCGCGUGGCCAAAUUACUCUUGGACAGAAACGCGGAUCCCAAUGCCCGGGCUUUGAACGGUUUCACGCCUCUUCACAUUGCUUGCAAAAAGAAUCGAAUCAAAGUCGUCGAGCUACUCCUGAAGCACAAGGCCAGCAUCGAAGCGACCACGGAGUCCGGCUUGACGCCUCUGCACGUCGCUAGUUUCAUGGGCUGCAUGAACAUCGUCAUUUACUUAUUGCAACACGAAGCUAGUCCAGACAUACCUACGGUACGAGGUGAAACGCCUCUCCAUUUAGCCGCGAGAGCGAAUCAGACUGAUAUUAUUAGGAUACUCUUGAGGAACGGAGCGCAAGUAGAUGCUCGAGCUAGGGAAGAACAGACUCCACUCCACGUGGCGAGCAGGAUGGGCAACGUGGACAUAGUCAUGCUUCUGCUGCAACACGGAGCCGACGUGGACGCGACCACACAAGACUUGUACACGCCUCUGCACAUAGCAGCGAAGGAGGGCCAGGAAGAAGUGGCUUCCGUCCUUCUCGAGAACGGGGCCUCCCUCACGGCAACCACGAAAAAAGGUUUUACACCGCUUCAUUUGGCCUCAAAAUACGGCAACAUGAACGUGGCCCGGCUUUUACUACAAAAGAACGCCCCGGUUGACGCUCAGGGCAAGAAUGGAGUGACUCCGCUCUACGUAUCGUCCCACUACGAUCAUCAGAACGUGGCGUUACUUCUCCUCGACAAGGGUGCCUCGCCUCACGCCAUGGCCAAAAAUGGCCACACACCGCUGCACAUUGCUGCCCGCAAAAAUCAGAUGGAUAUAGCCACAACUUUACUGGAAUACGGCGCUAAAGCGAACGCCGAGUCGAAAGCGGGCUUUACGCCACUUCAUUUGAGCGCUCAAGAAGGCCACACAGACAUGUCGACUUUGCUUAUAGAGCACAAAGCUGACACCAAUCAUAAAGCCAAGAAUGGUCUCACGCCUCUCCACUUGUGCGCCCAAGAAGAUAGGGUCAAUGUUGCUUCCAUUCUUGUGAAAAACGGCGCCCAGGUCGAUGCAAAAACAAAGGCUGGUUACACGCCGCUUCACGUGGCGGCUCAUUUCGGUCAAGCAGCCAUGGUUCGAUUUCUACUGAGCUCCGGCGCAUCUGUCGACAGCAGCACCAGUGCAGGGUACACACCUUUGCAUCAAGCGGCUCAACAGGGCCACACGCUAGUUAUAAAUUUACUUCUAGAGAGUGAGGCUCAGCCAAAUGCUCUCACGAACAGUAAUCAAACGGCUCUAGAUAUCGCUCAGAAACUUGGAUACAUAACGGUAGUAGAAACAUUGAAAGUUGUUACAGAAACUGUCAUAAUUACCACCCAUACGUUAACUAUUGAAGAAAAAUACAAAGUCCAAGCUCCGGAAUCUAUGCAAGAAACUUUCAUGAGCGACAGCGAAGAUGAAGGUGGUGGCGAUGAGAUCGGCAUGGCGGCCAUGAAUGUGUACGGGCAACCGCCUCACGCGCAACACGUGUACCUCCCCUCCUACAACCACGGCCAAAUGACCUACACUCGUGAAGACCCGAUGCUUAGUGAUCAGCACCAAUACCGAUACAUGACCGAAGACGAUAUGAAAUCCAUGGGGGACGACUCGAUGAGAGUCAACGUCACUGACGAUGAAAAAGACAAUAGACACUCUGGAGUGCCCACAGUUACUGAAAUAAUAACGAAAGAGUCCUACAACCGCAUAAAUGCAGCCAACCAAAAACCGGACAACAUCGACAUCAAUCGGCAACCCGUGCACGUGGGAUUCUGUUCUGUAAUUAGUGCCUCGCUAGAGUCCUUAAAUACGUCACUGGCUGCCCUCGGUAUCGUGCCAAAAGGACAAGGAAUGUGGAGGGACAGCUUCCUGGUCUCGUUUCUGGUGGACGCGAGGGGAGGCGCGAUGCGCGGCUGCCGGCACAGCGGGGUGCGGAUCAUCGUGCCCCCGCGCAAGGCGACUAUGCCCAUGAGGGUCACCUGCCGGUACCUCAAGAGGGACAAGCUAACGAACCCACCGCCCCUCAUGGAGGGCGAGGCCCUGGCCAGCCGGAUACUCGAGCUCGGGCCCGUCGGGGCCAAAUUUUUAGGGCCCGUGAUCAUCGAGGUGCCGCACUUUGCCUCCCUGCGGGGCAAGGAGAGGGAGAUCGUGAUCCUUCGCUCGGACAACGGGGAGACCUGGCGCGAGCACACCCUCGAGGCGAGCGAGGAGGCCGUGCAGGACGUACUCAACGAGAGCUUCGAGGGAGAAGAGCUAAGCCAACUCGAGGAUCUGCAAACCUCGCGCAUCGUGCGAGUGCUGACGGUCGACUUUCCCCACUACUUUGCCGUUGUCUCGCGCAUCAGGCAGGAGGUCCACGCGGUCGGGCCCGAGGGUGGCACGGUCUCGUCCUCGGCGGUGCCUCAGGUCCAGGCCAUAUUCCCCGCUGCGGCCCUCACCAAGAAGAUCCGAGUCGGACUGCAGGCCCACCCCAUACCGGCGGAGCUCGUGGCUAAGCUGUUGGGCAACCGAGUGGCGGUGUCGCCUAUCGUGACGGUCGAGCCGAGGAGACGCAAGUUCCAUAAGCCGAUCAUACUGACGAUACCGGUGCCCCAGGCGGCCAACAAGGGCAUGAUCAACCAGUACUCCGGUGACGCGCCGACCCUCAGGCUCCUUUGCAGCAUAACUGGGGGUCAGUCACGGGCGGUCUGGGAGGACGUAACUGGCUCGACUCCUUUGACCUUCGUCAAAGAUUGCGUCUCGUUCACGACGACAGUGUCGGCUCGCUUUUGGCUGAUGGACUGCCGGAACAUAUCGGAGGCCACGAAAAUGGCCACUGAGCUCUACACGCACGCGACCCACGUACCUUUCAUGGCCAAAUUCGUUGUUUUUGCCAAGCGCGUCGAUACCUCGGAGGCGAGGUUACGGGUGUUUUGCAUGACGGACGACAAGGAGGACAAAACCCUGGAGCACCACGAGCACUUUACCGAAGUGGCCAAGAGCCGCGACGUCGAGGUUCUCGAGGGUAAAACCCAGUACAUGGAGUUUGCCGGAAACCUCGUGCCAGUGCUCAAAAGCGGCGAACAGCUGCAACUGCCCUUCCGAGCGUUCAAGGAAAACAGAGUACCCUUCACAGCCAGGGUCAAAGAUCCCGAUGCAGCCGACAUGAUGGGCAGGAUCAUGUUCAUGAGCGAGCCCAAGAUUCCGAAGGGCGAGCCUCCGCAAAUCCCACUUUGCACGCUAAACAUCCUUUUGCCCGAGAGAAUCUCCCCCGUGACCGGCAACUCGGAACUCGAUUUGCUUCAAGUUUCGAAAAACUGUAGCUUCGCGCGAAACGGCGGACUGAGUAGACCGGACUCGAUACACCGGGCGACGAUACGCCUGACGGACAUAUCGAAUUUGAUCGACAAGGACUGGGAGAAGCUCGCGCAGGAGUUGAACGUUUCGGCCAGCGCGAUUAGCAAAAUAAAGGAGGAACACCCCAACAAUGCGGCACAACAGGCCAGCGCCAUGUUCAAGGCUUGGCAAAAUGACGGGAACAAAGCUACCGGUAAUACGCUGGAAAAAGCACUGAACAAAAUUGGUCGUGACGACAUCGUUGAAAAAUGCAUUUUUAACGUCGAAUUGGUGACCGAUGACGUUGAAAAGGCCGUUGCUCGUGUCAGGUUGGAUCAACCUGGUUUCGACAAUCUCAAGGAAGAAUUGGGUCCAUCGAGAAACACGUCUCUUAGAAGAGACACAACGAUGGAUCCCAAAAUGGAUCCAGAAUAUGAAGAACCAGAUAGAAUGAAGGAUUCUGAGUCCGUAGAGGAACUCAACAUCAGUGCUCCAGGACAUAAAACAAAUGAACAACACAUGACAAAUGGUACUGCUUACACCGCCACAUCGACUCCUAUCAAAGACAAAUAUGCCGGCGAUGAGAAAGAGCUUGGAGAUGUUAUGGCUGAUAUUAUUGAGCAGAAAAGUCACGCUUCCGAUACAAUUGUGAAGAAAUCACAUGAUGAAGUCGAUGAUUAUAACAAAAAACGAGAAAUGAUUUAUGAAGAUGCCAAACAACUAGUUUCUGAAAUCACCGACGAAGCAGCCAGACGAGCUCAAGUAAUUUUAGCCAACCGCGAGCUUCAGCCUUCAGCUAAGGAAACAGAAAAUGACUUUAUGCAACAAAACGAACCAUCCUUCAUGGAAACGAUUACAAGCGAGGACGACCCGGAAACACACGAAAGCAGCCAAACGAAAAUAAUAAAAACGACAACGACAACGACGGCAACGACUUUGGAGGCUGACACCAGCGGAGCCGACGAUUCGAUGCAGACAAUGGUCGACCAAUUCAUGACGGAGGAGCGGAAGGAUCGCUAAGUUAGACCGAGUAAAUGAAAAGUGCGUGCAAACCCGGAACUUUGGACGACCGACAGGCAGCUAUACAAUGACAUGCGGAAGCUCGAGAUCCCGAGGCGCUCACUGAUGGGAGCACACCCUGGACUCGGGAGUCUGCCGGAAAUAGCCCGCGCGUCGGUGUCCCUUCAUCAUAAUUUAUUUAUUUAUUUAUUUAUUUACUCGCUAGUGUACGCUCCUUCCGUAAAUUCAAAGCUUGCAAAUAUACAUUAUACGUAGCCUUACUAAGGUAUAACUGUGCGUGUUUCCAGCAACAAUUUUACUACCCGAUGAAAAAUAACAUCUUUGGUCAGUCUUGGUUGGUCGUUGUUUUGAUCUUAACAAAUAUAUAUAUAUAUUUUUUUUUUCUUUUUGCUAGUACGCUCAGCUGAAAAGAGAAAUGUAAUCCAAUCGAACGAGACUAGCAAACAUAAAUGGGAGCCAGAGUUUUAUCGAUCCAGUAGAUAGAAAAAAAUUAAUUUGAUCGACCAAUAUAAUGAAACGGCUAGUUUCGAUGUAACAUAAGAGUAAGAAGGGAAAGUGUGGAUAUUCCCCGUGUGCCCGUAAUAAAAUUGUCGCCCGAAACGUUUCGCUACCACUCGCGCCGCAUAAAAUCAAACAUAACUUUUCGUGCCAGCUCGAGGCUCUCCUGUCACGAGCGCGCUCACUGGUACGAUAAUCGCUUAUUGACCGCUUUUAUUGCUGAUCUUUGCGCAAAGAGCUUCAUCUCUCACGUUAACAUGUAUAUUUAAUAUAGAGCACUCGCGUGCAAGUGUACCUUUUGUGUGGGUCUUCUGUAUAUGCAAUUCGAGAGAGAAUUUCCUUUUUUUUUUUUUGUUUGAAUAAUU